UCUUCACUCUCCUCACCAACUCAGCCUCUGUCUCUCACACCACCGGCUUCUCUCUACUCCCUCUCCCCCCCUCUGCGGCUCGAUCUGCUGGUGCUGCAGUGAAUCUCUCCCCCGCUGUCCUAAGCCGUAAAGUCAGACACCCGGUAGUCGAUAUCUGGCCGUUAAAAGUCAUAAACCUCGCUGAAACAUCGUCUCUGUCCGAUCGUUUGCGGAGCUUUGAAUUUCACCUCCAGCAGCUGUAAGACCCUCUGACGGCAAAAUGGGAAAUGAAGCCAGUUAUGCUCUGGACAUGUGCUCGCACUUUGAUGCUGAUGAGAUUAAGAGGCUAGGAAAGAGAUUUAAGAAACUCGACCUAGAUAACUCCGGGUCCCUGAGUGUGGAGGAGUUUAUGUCCUUACCAGAGCUCCAACAGAAUCCCCUCGUGCAGCGAGUUAUCGACAUAUUCGACACUGACGGAAACGGGGAGGUCGACUUUAAAGAGUUCAUCGAAGGAGUCUCCCAGUUCAGCGUCAAAGGUGACAAAGAGCAGAAAUUACGUUUUGCCUUCAGGAUCUACGACAUGGACAAAGACGGCUACAUAUCCAACGGGGAGCUCUUCCAGGUCCUCAAGAUGAUGGUGGGCAACAACCUGAAGGACACCCAACUUCAACAGAUCGUCGACAAAACCAUCAUCAACGCAGACAAGGACGGGGAUGGCAGGAUAUCCUUCGAAGAGUUCUGCGCUGUCGUUGGUGGAUUAGACAUUCACAAAAAGAUGGUGGUGGACGUCUGACAACUUUUCCCCUCCAUUUACUGAACAUCUGCUUGAAGACGUCGUCCAGCAAAACGCUCUCGUCUGUUUUCAACAGAAGUAUUUUCUCUGUGAAAAGUCCCUUCCUCACCCAUCCUCCCCUCCUCCUCCUCCUCCUCCUUUCCUCCCUCCGAGCCUUCCGAAGCCAAACUUUUACCAAGUAUCAUUGACCAGGAACUCUCAGUGACUCGCCGUUGCACUUUAAAAGCUGACAGACGGCUUUUUAAAGCAGAGCGACGGUUUCAGUUUGGUGGACGAAAGCUGGACUGUGUGUGUGUGUGUGUGUAUGUGUAUGCGUAUGCGUGCGUAUAUGAAUGUGUGUGUGUGUGUGUACUGUAUGUUUUUCAAGGUAUGUGGGUUUUUUAUAUUUAUUUUGGUGUCAUUGUUUUUUUUGUUUUUUGGGAAUCAAAGAACGUCUCUGUAAAAGAAAGUAAACUCUAGUGGACGAGUGCAGUCAGCGAUGAUGUUACUUGAUUUCAGAACAACACAAACAGCAUGAAGUGCCAACGAGAAUUUAUUGACAUGCAGUUGAAUUACAGGUAAAAUCUGUGUCUUUACUUUAGGGAUGUAAUUGUAUUAUUGGAUGCAUUUAUCUUACUGGAUUAUUGCAUUAUUUACAUUUAAAGAACAGCUUCACUUCACUGUCAUGUUUGGCUAAAUUUUGUCAUGAAUAAAGGGACACUGCAUGUUUUUAAAUGACAGACUUUGGCUUACAUGAGCCUCCAUAUUCGUUUGCUUUUUCAGGCGCUUUUGUGUUUCUAAGCACCAAAUCAGACAGUGCAAGCUGUAAUAAUGACUUACAUGCUGACGUGAGCAUUAGUUACAAACCGGUUAUUACAAUAACUGCGACAUGACAUGAAUGCAGCAUGCCGUCAGGGACGAGCGCCUCUGUUGAAUUAAAGUAAUCUAUGAAACCUGCUUCACGUAUACGUUUAUAGAUUUUCUGCAGAAAUCUUAGACGUCCAAACAAACACACAUAAAACUCGCAGCUUUGUGGGAUAAGAUCAGAGUUUUUGAUGUCUGCUUGUCGACAGUUUUCUAUUUUCUGCACAUCUGAAGAAAAUUACAUGAGGAAACGUGCAGAUUCACAUAUUUCUCGUAAGUAUUUACGUGUUUGCCUGAUGACACAUUAGAAACUGUAAACAACAUGCAGGACUUCUGCAGGUUGGGAAGACUCAUUUAUGUUUUUAGGUUUUAAUAGUUCUGUACGUGUUUUUACACCUUUAAGAUUUAGUGAAACUGUUUUGAAAGUCAGCUUCAUCUGUAGACGUACGGCAGAAUUAGCAGAGAUCCGAUUGAUCAAUCUGUUCUGUAGGAAGCUGAAUCUGUGUAUGUGCAGCUCUUCUGCUUUGGAAAGUCACAGCUUAAGUGAAGAAGCGAAGCGAAGCUGAGGAGGAGGAGAAAAACAAAAUGGUAAAAAUGCUAAAAGCUGCUGUACUUGCUUGACGCUGCAGGAAAUCUGCCCGACUGUACGGUUUAUUUACUGACGUGCUGCAACAGACUUUUAUACCUGAAAUGGACGACUUGUGAUGUGUUUGCAUGACAUGUGAACUGAUCUCCUCUUCUUCUUCUGCCCGUUGCUGUUUGCAUGUGGAUCAGGUUUUAUUGAAGCUCUUUAAAGCUUUUUUCAAAGCUCCAGUUUACCAAACUGGUCUCAAAAUUUAAUGAAAUGAGUGAAAUGUCUUGCAAAUGCAAAUAAUCUAUUCUGUGCAUGCAAGAGUAUGUGAUAGUUUUACAGCACUGAAAAUACAUAAUUUUCUGUGAGCUAGAAUGUUUGGAUUUUUCUACAGUUAUACAAUAAAGUAAAAUAUAAAAUGGA